AUGAGACAACUUCGAGCAUGGAAGUGCCUUUCUAAAGCAAUAAGUGCCGAUCCCGAUGAUAUCGACCUAAGAUCCCUUCAUGCAUUAUUUUAUGAUGAACUUGGAGAUCAUCAAAGAGUCGCCGAGUCCUAUGAACAAAUAGUUCGAAUCGUCCUAAGGAU